GUCGAGGGCCGCGGCGGGGCCAAGAUGGCAGACGAGGCGGCUGUGGUGACGACGGCGACGACUACGGCUUCUGCAUUCCCCGUGGAACCUCAAAAACCCCGCCUAAAAAAAGCCCAAGAAUUACCUAUCUUGGAGAGGCAGAAUUGGCUAAUACACUUGCAUUAUAUCCGGAAAGACUAUGAAGCAUGCAAGACUGUCAUCAAAGAGCAGCUUCAGGAGACCCAAGGAUUGUGUGAAUAUGCUAUCUAUGUUCAAGCCCUGAUAUUUCGACUGGAAGGAAAGAUUCAGGAGUCCUUAGAGCUCUUCCAGUCUUGUGCAAUUCUGAGUCCUCAGAGUGCAGAUAACCUCAAGCAAGUGGCUAGGUCCCUAUUUCUGUUGGGGAAGCACAAAGCUGCCAUUGAAGUAUACAAUGAAGCUGCCAAACUGAACCAGAAAGAUUGGGAGAUCUGCCACAACCUAGGGGUGUGCUACAUGUACUUGAAGCAUUUCAAAGAGGCGCAAGACCACCUGCACAGUGCCCUCCAGCUCAGCAGGCAUGAUCUCACCUACGUAAUGCUGGGGAAAAUUCACCUGCUGGAAGGAGAAAUGGAGAAGGCUAUAGAAAUCUAUAAGAAGGCUGUCGAGUUCUCACCAGAAAAUACAGAACUUCUUACAACUUUGGGGCUACUCUAUUUACAGCUUGGAGCUUACCAGAAGGCAUUUGAACAUCUGGGAAAUGCACUGACUUAUGACCCUACCAAUUACAAGGCCAUCCUGGCAGCGGGCAGCAUGAUGCAGACCCACGGAGACUUUGAUGUCGCCCUCACUAAGUACAGGGUAGUAGCGAACACCGUGCCUGAAAGCCCACCCCUCUGGAACAACAUCGGAAUGUGCUUCUUCGGCAAGAAGAAAUUCGUAGCAGCGAUCAGUUGCCUAAAGCGAGCCAACUACUUGGCUCCCUUUGACUGGAAGAUUCUGUACAACUUGGGGCUUGUCCACCUGACAAUGCAGCAGUAUGCGUCUGCCUUCCACUUCCUCAGCGCUGCUGUCAACCUCCAGCCCAAGAUGGGAGAGCUCUAUAUGCUCCUGGCAGUUGCUCUGACAAACCUCGAAGAUACUGAGAAUGCCAAGCGAUCCUACGAGCAAGCCGUGACCUUGGACCAGUCUAAUCCCCUCGUUAAUCUGAAUUACGCUGUCCAUUUGUACAACCGGGGUGAUAAGGAGGGAGCAGUCCGCCAGUUCCAGGAGAUGGAGGAGAAAGUCAACGUGUUAAAGGAGAGCAGCAGCCUUGAUUUCGACCCGGAGAUGGUGGAGAUGGCCCAGAAACUGGGAGCUGCCCUGCAAGUCGGGGAGACGUUGGUGUGGACCAAACCAGGGAAGGACCCUAAAUCCCGGCACCGGCCCACGGCAGCCAGCAAGUCUUCCGCCAGUCAGCAGCCGUUAGGCUCCAAUCAAGCCCUAGGUCGGGCCAUGUCUUCAGCAGCUGCGUAUGGAAAGGCGGUGCAGCUUUCCACAGGUGCUGGUGGGACAUCUCAGUUUCCAAAGCCUCCUUCCCUCCCCCUAGAGCCCGAGCCUGCGGCAGAGGUGGUUGCGGAUGAGGUCCCGUCCUCCGCUGAGUCACAAGAGCAGCAAAAGGAGAAACGCAAGAGCAGGCUGGCCGCAGAGUAAAGGGCUGCAUCGUGGAAGGAGUGAGGGGGUCAGAAAGGUAACUUGAUACGGGAGCUUUUAACUGAGCCAAGGCUGAUCUGCUCAUAUGGUGCCCAGGGGAUUGUCCAGUCCCAAUAUCUUCUGGGAAGACCACUGCCUCAUUCCCUGCUUCAGCUGUCUUUUCCCUUUCCUACAAGGGGCUUGGCUGGAGCGAAACUAUGUUGCCCCUCUACUGAGGGCCGCAUUCCCAUGGGCCUCGUUCUGGGCAUGGGCACUAAAUUACAAUGUCAGAUCCCAACCUAAACUCCUAGCCAAAGUGGCCCCUCAAGAAUGGACACAGCAGCCUCAUUUCAAUUAGUUCUUGGGAAGAGAAAACUAGGCUCUUUCCAACUAGCUAGACAAGUGUUAGGCUGGGCUGAAACUUAAAGACUUGGGUUGGCGGAGGGCUUAAAAACUCUGGUUAGAGUGCCAAGAGCCCAAUUUCUAACUUAACUCUCACUUAGCCACACUGUAUUGAUUUAGCUCUGUUUUAAUGGAAAACCAGCAACACUUGACCUACUCUGUGGGUCAGUAGGGGGAAAAAAAAUCUAAUUGGAAGCCCAGUUUGUAAUGGCUUUUAGAGUUUAGACAGCUUCUGAAAACAGCUCUUCAAGUCCCAGCCUAUGACAGAUUAUAAAUCAUUUCAAAAUGGAGAAAAAAUAGUAACAAGGCAAAGGGUAGCUCAGAACAGUCCAAGAGACUAGCAACAGCUCUUCCUAAAUGAGAAGAAAGGCAACGUAGCCCCCAGAAGUUUGGUUAAAGGCAAUCCAUGGCUAUUGGCCCCGCUCUUUAGGUACCUGGAGAUAUUUGUGUAUCUUUUUCCAGAAUAAAGAUUAUAUACUGUAAUUCA